CGGGGCGGGGCAGCCCCGGUGCGGCCUCUCCUUCCCUUUCCCCUCCCUUUACACCCACCCAACAGCCCCUUAACCCCAAGAGGGGGGGGGGCGGCUCUGUGUCUCUAAGGGACCAACCGGUAGGCGGGCAGGGACAGGUCUGAUCAACAUUGCUGCAGUGGCUGCUUUCCCCUGUUCUUAAUGUGAUCUUGGAGAACCAAGAUCUUGUUUUCACUAUGAGAAGUGAAUCGGGUCAUAUAGACUGGUUGCAGCAGAAAAUGCAGAUUAUGAUUCUUUUUCCUUGUUGGAUUUUUUCAGUUCUGUUGAAUGUGUAAUUACAGCUAUGGCAACAAGAGUGGAAAUAAGUUCUACUUUGGCGUCUUUGACGACAGUCCCUGACUUAAAUGAAAUCAGAAGUGAGGAUAAAUCGCGCCGUAUGUAUGUAAGUGUGCUUUCAGAUGCAAGUAACAAGACGAAGGAGGCUUCAGCAUCUCUAACUCUUGAAGAAAAGAACAAGUUUGGGAGUACUUUGAGAUCUGCAACGAUGCCGUCACUAGGAUCAAGGCCAAGACUUUUCCCAAAACCUUUUUCUAAAGACAAAUCAUCGGAUACUUUUGCAAAUGUAAAACCACCUAUUCCAGCUUUCAGAUCAAGUAGUCUUAUUAGAAAGGCCACUGAAGAAACAUCAUCUGUUAAGGUGCCGAGUGGAAAUGUUCCUCCGUUAGUAGAUCAGAAAAUAAUUGGAAAUGAAAGUAAGGCUGGCAGUGAAGUAGUCACCAAUAUGACUUUCUACACUGGUCCCAGUGCGAAUACUGUCAUUCUUUUUGAGGCAGCGGGUACAGAGCAGUCAAAGGUAAGCCUGGCCCAGGAAAAAAGGGCAGCUGAGGACCGCAGGGUGUUUAAUGUUCUGCAAACAAAAGAGCUUCAGUGCAACGUGAAGCUGGAGAAACAGUCUCAGCCAUCUGAGACAUCCAGGAAUCCUGAGGGAUCCCUUCAUAGGCAGGUAUCGCUUUCCUCCAGUCUUAGACCAGUCUCUUGGAACCCCCUCAAAACUGGUGAAAAAAAGGAUGCUUAUGAAGGUCAUCCAGGGGAGAAAACCAGUGAUGAUUCAAAUAAUAUCAGCAAUAAAGUUGAUUUAUCUGUUGAUGUGCAGCAAAGGCCAAAGCAUAGACCAGUAUCUGCUAUUUUUCUGGAAUCAUUACGAGAUCAAAAGCAUCGCGCUGGGGAAGCUUCUGAAGAAAAAUCUCCUACAGAGAAAUCCUGGGCUAGAAAACCACGGCCUUUGUCCAUGGACCUGACAGCUAAGUUUGAACAUAAAGAUCUUUCGUCUUGCAAGAAGACUUGUUCAUCUCAGGAAAGCAAGGAGAAUGCAUCGAUAAUUUCUUUUACUGACAGUGGCUGUCAUGAUCAGUCUGAAAUGGGGCCAAAAACUGAAGAAACUGAAAUUAAUAAAGGCAGUUCUUCUAAAAUAAAUUUGAAGUGCAGCAGUCAGGACAUUGGCAUCCUAAAUAAUGGAAAACACGCAUGGGAAACAAAACUUAAAUCUAAAAGUGAACAAAUUGAGACAAAACCAGAAGUGAUGACGAACUUGCGUGGUUCUGAAAGAAGCCAUGAAACCACUAGUGAAAUCAGAACUGAUAAGGAGGGGAAAAAAAUGGAUCAGAAGGAAACCUGCAUGUCUCUAGCCUGCGAAAGCCCUGCAGCUUCCUCGGAAAAAGAGAACAAUAUCGUAAGAGGCAGUGUUAAAAAACACAUUAAUUUGUUUACUUCAGAAAAUCAUGUAACCGCAAUGGAUACAGAACCUCUCCAGUCAGCUGCUGAGAGGGAAAACAGAUGCCUGAACAUCCAGCAGAGGAUCAAAGAACUGACAACAGAGAAUACAGAUGUUAAGCCAGGAAAUGUACGCAGGUCACUUCAAUCACGACCACUCUCUGCGGACUUAACAAAGAUGUUUUCAAGUCCAACUUCGAGCAGUGAAGUGAAGCCUCCGAAAUCUGCUGAAACUAGAAACGACUCUCUCAGUGAAAUGCAAGAAAAUCUAAAAAGUAAGGAGAUCAAGCUUGCACAUGGCACAGACUCCAGUGAAAUACAAACUACUGGGAACCCAUGGAAAUCCCGGCAGAUUGUAAAAAUAACAAAUAAACCCAAUCAGGUAGAGCGGAAUGGAAGCUUCCUUGGAGAUGGUCGACAUUUAGCUCAGCAAAGCGAAAACACAGUCUCGUUCACAAGCAGCUUGGAAAAAAAACUAAAGCCAACCCAACUUGUUGAAACGACCUACAUUAAAACUGUCCGAGCUACCAUGUUUGACCAUAAUGUCCAGAGGCAUAAUGUGGCUGCUGAUCAGCCUGGAGCAGACUCUGCGCCGAGAGUGAAUACUGAGCUUGAGGCAAAGCACGAUGUGAUGACUUUGGGGCACAACAGACGAUCGUGGAUGGGAGAAGCAGAGGAAACCACUGGUAUAAAGAAAGAGUAUCACAAGCAGUCAGAUCCAUCAAAACAUAGAGAUGUAGGAAAAACUUCUUUAAGUGAAGACAAGAAAAUGACUCCAAGAAUUCUCUUGGAAAAGUCUUUAGUAGAGAAAGGUGAAAAACCCACUCCUAAAACUGCAGAAGACUCUCUAAUUUCCCAAAGAAUAGAGCCGAGAUACGAAAUCUUUCAGACGUGUGGUGAAAGAGCUCUUAGUGAAGCCAUUACAAUGGCUCCUGAAAAGAAGGCCAUGACACUCAGAACCAGAAAAUCAUCUGUGAAAGAGAGUAAAAGUGAUGGGGAUGUUUUACAUGCUGGUCAGACAGCUAAGGCGAGUAGUAAAACUACCUACUUGAAAGAAGAUAAGAUUGUUUUAGAAGGUAGAGACACAAAAGCUUUUCCGAGCAUGUCUGCAUUUAGAGAAUCUAAUGUUUUUUUCUACAGUGAAUGCACUUUACCUGAACAGAAAAAAGACGCUGAUAAAACUGACACCGAUCCGAUAUUGACAGCUGAGAAAACACCUUAUUCUACAAACAAAUCCAAGUGUUUGGGAGUGAAUGAAAAAGUAAACAAACUACAUUCUGAAAUUAAUACUGAUAAGGGCGAAGUCUCUUCUGUGGAUAAAGCAGAGAGGUCUAAUAUGAUGAAAUGCUCUUCUGAGAAUAGGAGUUUCAGGGCAGGUGGGACAGACAGCUAUGACUUCAGAACCAACUUGGAUCAUGAAGAUGUUUUAACAGGUGUAGAUAAACAUGGGGUCCAGUCAUCUUCAGUGCUUUCAAGCGGGCUAUUUUGUAAAUCUUCCAGUAGCAACCAUCCCGACACAAAAGCACUACCUGUUAAAGAAGAAUCACCGGUCUUUGGGUUAAGGAAAAGUCUAGACUUAAUUUGCAAAGAACAAGGCUUUAGCUUAGCUAGCACAGCUAGUGAAAACAGUGAGAAAAUCCGAGUAACAGAUCCAGAAGAAAAGGUCAGGAGAACCAGAAGUAGUGUUUCUGACUUGAAGAUUUCCGAGAGGUGGAGAAGGAGGACAUUGCCUCAGGAUUCUGUCAAGACAGAGGAAGUUGUCUGGCUCAGUCCUGAGAAUAUCAAAAGACUGAGUCGGACAGAUUCAUUGCAGUUGGAUGAGGGUUGGCUUAAAAAGAGAAGCAAAAAAAUCAAAGAAGGGGUGGAAGGGAGUGAGGCAACCCAAAGUGCUCUUGGCAGUCAUGAUGAUUACUUGAAAAAUCAGAGUUCUGCCUUGGAGCCGAAGGCAACUUAUUUUGCAGUGACUUAUCAGAUUCCUGGUACCAAGCAAGAGAAAAGCUUUAGUUCCCCUGGCACAAGUGAAACCAAUACAGUUUCUAGCUCAAGUGAGGGAGCAACAAUUAAUCUGGACCGUGUUUUUCCUGGGAGGUCCAAACCUUUAUUGCAGCAGCCAAAUAAAAAUAUGCUGAGUACCAGUUGUAGAGAAGACUUACGUGAAUUGCAUAUUAGUGAGGAUUGGGUCAAAGAAGAAGACAAAGGUGAUAUUUUUUCUAAAAACACUGCAUUUGGUAAUUUUCAUACAUCCAGGAAAGAAAACCACCAGCCUCAUGAAAGAGGUCUGGAUCAUUCUAAAGAGAAAAUUAUAGAUGUUGAUACUUUACUCUUAAAACAGGAUCUGGAAAAUACAGCUCAAACUGAUCUCAGAUGUAGUAGAAGGCAAGUCUCCUCUUACCAUGAACCCAGAUCUCCCCUGCGUUUUGCACAGUUACGUACAAACAGUGAACUGGUUCCCCAGAAAAGCAGUGAGAAAAAUUAUGAUUUAUCGGGAAGGAAGGCUGAGGAUGGGUACAGAUCCCAGAUUCUCGAUAUUGAUGCGCUUAUGGCAGAAUAUAAAGAAGAAUCGGUGAAGGCCAGUAGCAUACAAGACAAGCUCUCCGAAGAUCACAGUUUAUUUAUUAGGGAGAAAUCAAAGAGCAAAAGAAAUGUGUCAGAUAGGCCAACUUCCUACAGUUGGAAAGAAUGGAAGGGAGCAGGUGACUAUGCCAUUAAUAACAAACAAGGUGACCAUGCAGAAGAGUACCACAGGCCAGAGAAAUCAAUUCUAAGUGAGAAGAGCAAAGAGAAGCUGGAAUCCUGUGGCACUGAACCUGAUAAACAAAAGCCUAAAGACAGGAAGCUCAGCCCUCCUCACUGGGGAAAUCCUAGCAGCUUUUUUUCAGAUACAUUUGUAAAUUCACCAGUGGACUUCACUAGGAAGAAAACAUUCAUUCUUGAUGAAGAUGAAGAAGUCAACUUAACUUCCAAAGGCCAAAGUCCACAGUUUGUCAUUGACAAGGUACAGCCUAUAAACACAGUUGGUACAGAGCAAAAGCUGGAGGUUAAUUUUGCUUCCAGGUUGUCCAUAAAGACGGAUGAGGGCCUGUUACAGAAGACACUGGUGACAAAAGAGCAGUUCUUGGAGGUGUCUCCAGAAGGCGAGUGGAGCAAAAAUGUAGCGAGGAGCUCUGUGACGACGAGCAAAGACAGUGCAAAUAAGGACUCUUCCAAUGUGAGAAGUAAAACUGGUUGGAAGACCUAUACAUCUGGUUUAGGAAGUGCACCCCCCGAUUUAAAACGAUCCUACUCGGAAAAGAGCCGCCAAGGAAAAGACAACCUGCUGCUUAUGCAAGAAAUAAGGGGAAGAAAGGAUCUAAACCGAUGCAGGCAAAGCUUCCCCUUGGAGAGCGUGGCUAGUGGGUGGAAACACAAGAUGACAUCUCCGUCAGAAUCUUUCUUCCAUGAGGAUAAAAAGGCUUCUAGGACAGAGUGGACCAAGCAGAGUUCAGACAAAACAGAAGGAACAAACUUCUCUCUGGUUUCUACUCAGAGGAGCCGCCACAGUUUUUAUAAGGACAGAAGGACGGAUAAUGGGAUGGAUCAGCUGAAGCAGUGCUUCUCCAGACACCCCCCUGAAGCAAAGGACACAGACACGCUCGUGCAGGAGCCCGACAGCCAGUACGGUACCUGGAAGGAGCAGCGGCGCAGUGGGGACAGCUUUGUGCCUGAAUCCCCUUCCUCGGAAAAUGAUGUCAUUUCGACGAGAAAGCAGCAUCCAAAUAGCCACCCAUCCUCACUGUCCUCUCAAACGGAACCUGCCUCCCUGGUUGAUCACCAUGACUUCUCAAAAGACCAAAGGAGCACAAGUUUGGACCGUUCCAGCACUGACAGGGACUCUACUGAUGGGACUGAUUUACCCCCUCUGGGAGACACCAACCCUGAUGAAAAGACCACUGAUUUCUCUUUUAUUGAUCAAACCACUAUUCUGGACUCCAGUGCGCUGAAAACUCGUGUACAGCUCAGCAAAAAGAGGCGCCGUCGGGCUCCUAUUUCCCACUCUCUUCGAAGAAGUAGAGGGCAGGAGUUUGAAAACAGAUUCUCGUUGAUGGAAGAACCAGAUAAUACCUGGAUGUUUAAAGAUUCCACAGAAGAGAAGAAGACUAUGCAACGGGAAGAUUCUGAUGAGGAAGACAAGAUUCAGCAUACUGUGAGAACGUCUUCUGUACACGCUCAGAGGCUUCCUGUGUUUCCAGGGAUGGACCACUCUGUUCUCAAGGCCCAGCUGCGGAAAAGACGGGAGUCUGAGAGUGCUGGGGAAAUAAGUUCUGCUCAGCUCUUUAAAUCCCCUAAACCGCAGCCUGGAACUCCUGGCAGCAGAGUGCUGCCCUCCAGUGUAGAGAAGGAGGACAGGUCAGAAGAAAAGUCUCCUCAGUGGCUGAAGGAGCUGAAAUCAAAGAAGAGACAGAGCCAUUAUGAGAAUCAGGUUUGAAAAGAUAGUGAUUCUAACUAGAUGAAGAUAAAGAAGUUUAACAGAAGCCUUAACUCAUCUGAACCUAAAAUUCACACGUCAUGUUGCUGCUGUUUGCUUCCUGCCUCAACUGCUAUGUGCAUGGUGCCUUCCUGUUUUGUGG